GGGCUGGCGCGGGAGCGGCGGCGACAGAGGCGGCAGAGGCGGCGGCUCGGGCUCCAGCUCCGGCUCCAGCUCCAGCUCCGGCUUGGGCGGCGGUGGCGGGAGCGGGGCCAGGGCCAGGUGGCGGGAGCGGCGGCCUCGGCGGCGCUGGGGGACAUGCGGACCGACGGCCCCUGGAUCGGCGGAAGGAGCGGCGGCCCCAGUGCCCUGCUUAUAGUGCUGAUCGUCCUGCAAGAGUGACGAGUGUGAGCAAGUAAAGACCCGGUGGAUUGUCCUGGGCUGUGGCUAGCUGUGGAGCUAGAGCCCUGGAUGGCCCUGGAGCUAGCCUCAGGGAGAAUGAUGGUGCCCCUUGUGCCUGCACUUGUGAUGCUUGGUUUGGUGGCAGGUGCCCAUGGCGACAGCAAACCUGUCUUUGUUAAGGUCCCCGAAGACCAGACUGGGCUCUCAGGAGGGGUAGCAUCUUUUGUGUGCCAAGCCACUGGUGAACCCAAGCCACGCAUCACAUGGAUGAAGAAGGGGAAGAAAGUCAGCUCCCAGCGCUUCGAGGUGAUCGAAUUUGAUGAUGGGGCAGGAUCAGUGUUGCGGAUCCAGCCAUUGCGGGUGCAGCGAGAUGAAGCCAUCUAUGAGUGCACAGCUACCAACAGUUUGGGCGAGAUCAACACUAGUGCCAAACUCUCAGUGCUUGAAGAAGAGCAGCUACCGCCUGGGUUCCCAUCCAUUGACAUGGGGCCUCAGCUGAAGGUGGUGGAGAAGGCACGCACAGCCACCAUGCUGUGUGCAGCUGGUGGAAAUCCAGACCCUGAGAUCUCCUGGUUCAAGGACUUCCUUCCUGUGGAUCCUGCCACAAGCAAUGGCCGCAUCAAACAGCUGCGUUCAGGUGGUUCACCAAUCAGAGGUGCCUUGCAGAUUGAGAGCAGUGAGGAGUCAGACCAAGGCAAGUACGAGUGUGUGGCAACCAACUCGGCAGGCACACGCUACUCGGCCCCCGCGAACCUGUAUGUACGAGUGCGCCGUGUGGCUCCUCGUUUCUCCAUCCCUCCCAGCAGCCAGGAGGUGAUGCCAGGUGGCAGUGUGAAUCUGACAUGUGUCGCAGUGGGUGCACCCAUGCCCUAUGUGAAGUGGAUGAUGGGAGCUGAGGAGCUCACCAAGGAGGAUGAGAUGCCAGUUGGCCGCAAUGUACUGGAGCUCAACAAUGUCAUGCGCUCCGCCAACUACACCUGUGUGGCCAUCUCCUCGCUGGGCAUGAUUGAGGCCACAGCUCAAGUUACAGUGAAAGCUCUUCCGAAGCCACCAAUUGACCUUAUAGUGACAGAGACAACUGCUACCAGCGUCACCCUGACCUGGGACUCUGGAAACUCAGAACCUAUAUCCUACUAUGGCAUCCAGUACCGCGCAGCUGGCACAGAGGGCCCCUUCCAGGAAGUGGAUGGUGUGGCCACCACACGCUACAGCAUUGGCGGACUCAGCCCUUUCUCGGAAUACGUCUUUCGUGUGCUGGCAGUAAACAGCAUUGGGCGAGGGCCACCCAGUGAGGCAGUACGGGCACGCACUGGGGAGCAGGCGCCCUCCAGCCCUCCACGCCGUGUACAAGCCCGCAUGUUGAGUGCCAGCACCAUGCUGGUGCAGUGGGAGCCUCCCGAGGAGCCCAAUGGCAUGGUGCGGGGCUAUCGUGUCUAUUACACCCCAGAUUCCCGUCGCCCUCUGAGUGCCUGGCACAAGCACAACACUGACGCGGGGCUUCUCACCACCGUGGGCAGCCUGCUGCCUGGCAUCACUUACAGCCUUCGCGUGCUUGCCUUCACUGCCGUGGGUGAUGGCCCACCCAGCCCCACCAUCCAGGUCAAGACGCAGCAGGGAGUUCCCGCACAGCCUGCAGACUUCCAGGCCGAGGCUGAAUCAGACACCAGGAUCCAGCUGUCAUGGCUACUGCCACCACAGGAGCGAAUCAUCAAGUAUGAGCUGGUAUACUGGGCAGCAGAGGAGGAAGGGCAGCAGCGCAAGGUGACCUUCGACCCCACCUCCUCCUACACCCUGGAGGACCUGAAGCCUGACACACUGUACCACUUCCAGCUGGCUGCCCGCUCUGACAUGGGGGUGGGUGUCUUCACACCCACCAUAGAGGCCCGCACAGCACAGUCUACCCCCUCCGCCCCUCCCCAGAAGGUGACAUGUGUGAGCACGGGCUCCACCACGGUCCGGGUAAGUUGGGUCCCGCCGCCGGCCGACAGCCGCAACGGCAUCAUCACCCAGUACUCCGUGGCCUAUGAGGCGGUGGACGGCGAGGACCGCAGGCGGCAUGUGGUGGAUGGCAUCAGCCGUGAGCACUCCAGCUGGGACCUGGUGGGCCUGGAGAAGUGGACCGAGUACCGGGUGUGGGUGCGGGCACACACAGAUGUGGGGCCCGGCCCCGAGAGCAGCCCGGUGCUGGUGCGCACUGACGAGGACGUGCCCAGUGGGCCACCGAGGAAGGUGGAGGUGGAACCACUGAACUCCACUGCUGUGCAUGUCUCCUGGAAGCUGCCUGUCCCCAGCAAGCAACACGGUCAGAUCCGCGGCUACCAAGUCACCUAUGUUCGGUUAGAGAAUGGUGAACCCCGAGGCCCACCCGUCAUCCAAGACGUCAUGCUGGCCGAGGCUCAGUGGCGAGCAGAGGAGUCCGAGGACUAUGAAACCACCAUCAGCGGUCUCACCCCAGAGACCACCUACUCCAUCACUGUUGCCGCCUACACUACCAAGGGGGACGGUGCCCGAAGCAAACCCAAAAUUGUUACUACAACAGGGGCAGUCCCAGGCCGGCCCACCAUGAUGAUUAGCACCACAGCUAUGAACACUGCGCUGCUUCAGUGGCACCCACCAAAGGAGCUGCCUGGUGAGCUGCUGGGCUAUCGAUUGCAGUACCGCCGGGCCGAUGAGACACGGCCCAACGUCAUAGAUUUUGGCAAAGAUGACCAGCACUUUACAGUUACUGGCCUACACAAGGGGGCCACAUACAUCUUCCGGCUUGCUGCCAAGAACCGGGCUGGCCCAGGUGAGGAGUUUGAGAAGGAGAUCACGACCCCUGAGGAUGUGCCCAGUGGCUUCCCUCAAAACCUUCAAGUGACAGGACUAACCACAUCUACCAUGGAACUGGCCUGGGACCCGCCAGUACUAGCUGAGAGGAACGGGCGUAUCACCAAUUACACUGUGGUGUACCGUGAUAUCAACAGCCAGCAGGAGCUGCAGAAUAUCACUGCUGAUACCCACCUUACACUGUCCGGCCUCAAGCCGGAUACCACUUAUGACAUCAAGGUCCGAGCACAAACCAGCAAAGGCACUGGCCCACUCAGCCCCAGCAUCCAGUCCCGGACCAUGCCUGUGGAGCAAGUGUUUGCCAAGAACUUCCGCGUGGCUGCUGCAAUGAAGACAUCUGUACUGCUCAGCUGGGAGGUCCCAGACUCGUACAAGUCAGCUGUACCCUUCAAGAUUCUGUACAAUGGGCAGAGUGUGGAGGUAGACGGGCACUCAAUGCGCAAGCUGAUCUCAGACCUGCAGCCCAACACAGAGUACUCAUUUGUCCUGAUGAACCGUGGCAACAGUGCAGGGGGCCUACAGCACCUCGUGUCCAUCCGCACAGCCCCGGACAUCCUGCCACACAAGCCACUGCCUGCCUCAGCCUACAUAGAGGAUGGCCAGUUUACUCUCUCUAUGCCCCCUGUGCAGGACCCCUCACUGGUCAGGUGGUUCUACAUUGUGGUGGUGCCCAUUGACCGUGUAGGUGGAAAUGUGCUGGCACCGAGAUGGAGCACACCUGAAGAACUGGAACUGGAUGAGCUUCUGGAGGCCAUUGAGCAGCAGAGUGAAGUGCAGCAGAGGAGGCGGCGGCGGCAGGUAGACCGGCUGAAGCCGUAUGUGGCAGCUCAGAUGGAUGUGCUCCCUGAUACGUUCACUCUGGGGGACAAGAAGACCUACCUUGGCUUCUACAACCAGCCCCUCUCUCCAGACCUGAGUUACCAGUGCUUUGUGCUCGCCUCCUUGAAGGAACCUGUGGACCAGAAGCGCUACGCCUCCAGCCCCUAUUCGGAUGAGAUUGUAGUCCAGGUGACACCAGCCCAGCAGCAGGAAGAACCUGAGAUGCUGUGGGUGACGGGUCCUGUCCUGGCGGUCAUCCUUAUCAUACUCAUUGUCAUCGCCAUCCUCCUCUUUAAGAGGAAAAGAACCCACUCCCCAUCAUCAAAGGAUGAGCAGUCAAUUGGGUUGAAAGACUCCCUGCUGGCUCACUCCUCUGACCCUGUGGAGAUGAGGAGACUCAACUACCAAACCCCAGGUUCCAGUGCCCCCAGUUGCCCGAAUAUCUCAAGUAUGCGAGACCACCCACCCAUCCCUAUCACCGACCUGGCAGACAACAUCGAGCGCCUCAAAGCCAAUGAUGGCCUCAAGUUCUCCCAGGAGUAUGAGUCCAUUGACCCCGGGCAGCAGUUCACGUGGGAGAAUUCCAACCUGGAGGUGAAUAAGCCCAAAAACCGGUAUGCGAAUGUCAUUGCCUACGACCACUCCCGAGUCAUCCUGACCUCCAUCGAUGGUGUCCCUGGGAGUGAUUAUAUUAAUGCCAACUACAUCGAUGGCUACCGCAAGCAGAACGCCUACAUCGCCACACAGGGUCCACUGCCUGAGACCAUGGGUGAUUUCUGGCGGAUGGUGUGGGAACAGCGCACAGCUACGGUGGUCAUGAUGACAAGGCUGGAGGAGAAAUCUCGGGUGAAGUGUGAUCAGUACUGGCCAGCCCGUGGCACCGAGACCUACGGCCUCAUUCAGGUGACCUUGCUGGACACAGUGGAGCUGGCCACAUAUACUGUGCGCACCUUUGCACUCCACAAGAGUGGCUCCAGUGAGAAGCGGGAGCUACGUCAGUUCCAGUUCAUGGCCUGGCCAGACCAUGGGGUUCCCGAGUACCCAACUCCCAUCCUGGCCUUCCUGCGAAGGGUCAAAGCCUGCAACCCACUGGAUGCAGGGCCCAUGGUGGUGCACUGCAGCGCUGGUGUGGGCCGCACAGGCUGCUUCAUCGUUAUCGAUGCCAUGCUGGAGCGUAUGAAACAUGAGAAGACAGUUGACAUCUAUGGCCAUGUGACGUGCAUGCGAUCACAGAGGAACUACAUGGUACAGACAGAGGACCAGUAUGUGUUCAUCCAUGAGGCACUGCUGGAGGCAGCCAUGUGUGGACACACAGAGGUGCCUGCCCGCAACCUCUACGCCCACAUCCAGAAGCUGGGCCAAGUGCCUCCUGGGGAGAGUGUGACCGCCAUGGAGCUGGAGUUCAAGCUGCUAGCCAGCUCCAAGGCUCACACAUCUCGCUUCAUCAGUGCAAACCUGCCCUGCAACAAGUUCAAGAACCGCCUGGUGAACAUCAUGCCCUAUGAACUGACCCGUGUCUGUCUGCAGCCCAUCCGUGGUGUGGAGGGCUCCGACUACAUCAAUGCCAGCUUCUUGGAUGGCUAUAGACAGCAGAAGGCCUACAUAGCUACACAGGGGCCUCUGGCAGAGAGCACCGAGGACUUCUGGCGCAUGCUAUGGGAGCACAAUUCUACCAUCAUCGUCAUGCUGACCAAGCUUCGGGAGAUGGGCAGGGAGAAGUGCCACCAGUACUGGCCUGCAGAGCGUUCUGCUCGCUACCAGUACUUUGUCGUUGACCCGAUGGCUGAGUACAACAUGCCCCAGUACAUCCUGCGUGAGUUCAAGGUCACAGAUGCACGGGAUGGGCAAUCGAGGACAAUACGGCAGUUCCAGUUCACAGAUUGGCCUGAGCAGGGCGUACCCAAGACCGGGGAGGGCUUCAUCGACUUCAUUGGUCAAGUGCACAAGACCAAGGAGCAGUUUGGUCAGGACGGUCCCAUCACUGUGCACUGCAGUGCUGGUGUGGGCCGCACCGGAGUCUUUAUCACUCUAAGCAUAGUCUUGGAGCGCAUGCGCUAUGAGGGCGUGGUCGACAUGUUCCAAACCGUGAAGACCCUGCGCACACAACGUCCUGCAAUGGUGCAGACAGAGGACCAGUACCAGCUGUGCUACCGUGCAGCCCUGGAGUACCUCGGCAGUUUUGACCACUAUGCAACGUAACUACUGCUCCCCUCUCCUCCGAUGCCUCCGCCAGGGGCUCCGGAGGGGACCCAGCUCCUCUGAGCCAUACCGACCAUCGUCCAGCCCUCCUGCACAGAUGCUGUUGCCAGCAAAGCACAGCCCACUGGGAUCACAGCGUUUCAGGAACAUUGCCACACAGAUCAGAGAGCCUGGAACACUGCUGGGCAAGCAGGUGGCCUGGCAAGCAGGUGCUGUGGCCUCUCUGUCCACCAGAUGCAGCAGAAACCUGCUUUAAGCUCUCUGUUCAGCUCCACGUUUCUCAUGCUUCUUCUCACAGGAUAGGGAUGGGGAUGGGGACGAAGGCUCCAUUUUUAUAUGCUAGUGAGGUAGACUGAGGAUUCCAGCCUCUUCCCUCUGAGUUUUUUUUUUUUUUCUCCCUCAAAUCCUUGAUUGCAGAAUGGGCCACGUUUUCUUUCUGAGUUCACUUUGGGUCCUUUUGUGUAUGCCUUUACUGCUAACAGAAAGUGCCUUCCUCCUGUGGAGCUGGGGUCAGCAGCUGAGCAAAGCUUGGCCAUGGACCCAGGAGGUAGCACUGAUUGGGCUUUUCCAGCCUCAGACAAGAUUCUUUUCCAGCCAAAUGCAGGGAAACACAGUUUUUUAAGGUUUUGUUUUGUUUCUCCUUAAGAGCCUUUUUAUAGGCCCCACAGACAGUGGUGGGCAGGGAGGCGAUAGAAAACACACAUCCCCAGUCAUCUGUUCAGUGUGUUCAACAUUCACAGCCCACAGCCACAGACGCGUCUAGGGGAGCCUAGCCAGGCAUUCCUCAUCACCAUUGUGUUUGCAAAGAUACAAAAACAGAAAACCACAAAAAUUUUUAAAAACCGAAAAAAAAAAAAAGUCAUCCCCUGGUCUCUGCUUUAAACCCUUAAGAGGGAGGUGGCUCCAUGCACCCAGAGUUCCCAGGAGACCCCCCCAGACUUGCUGGUCUUCCCAGCACUGCAGUAUGGCAGGGGGUGACAACGCUGUGGGCUCUGGCUAGGGCCGAGUAAAUGGCACAGGUGGGGUGCCCCACGCCCCACACACCUCAGGGCCAAGCAGGGGCGUGGCUAGCCCUUCAGGUCCAGGCCAGGGGCCCUCGUAGCACACAUCUGUCCUCAACAGGGGUCAGAUGAUUUCUCCCUGGUUUGUAGCUGUUUUCAAAGCCCCCUGAGAAUUGCUCUUUUCCACUCCUUCAGAAUGCCCUCCUAAACCAAUGUGGCAGACUACUGGACUUCUGUCAUGGCACUAUAGUCAGUCUUACUCUUGGCUUGCUGAGGAGAGGGCAAGACCUCUUCCUCUGGGCAGCACUAUCUAGAUAGGGAAGCGGGGCGGGGCAGGGUGCAUAGCUGUUUUAGCUGAGGGACAUGGAGAUGUCGCCAAAUCUAGCUAGGCUAAGUCAAGAUCAACAAUCCAGGGUUGGUAAUGUUGGAUGAGACAUUCAUUUUUACCUUGUGGAUGCUAGUGCUGUAGAGUUCACUGUUGUACACAGUCUGUUUUCUAUUUGUUAAGAAAAACUACAGCAUCAUUGCAUAAUUCUUGAUGGUAAUAAAUUUGAAUAAUCAAAUUUCGUAUAAA